UACGGUCGUCUUUUGUCACUGGAUCAUGAGUGAUCAAUGAUCGCUGAUUGGUGGAGCCGAUAUGUAAAUCCAGCUGGAACACGCUCAUGCGAAUAUUCAUUUACGACUGUUGUUCAUGAUCGGGAAAAGCACGUGCUCGACGAGGUGUACUGAACAUGGCGGAGAUCUGGUAUGCGUUGUUAGUUCUUUCCUGUCUGAUUGUGUCUACCAUGGCAGUAACUGAAGAGGAGAUUGACGAAUUUCUUGAUAUCUGCAUCGAUUCCAAGUACCACAAACAAAAGCCCGGACCGGAGAGUGAUCUCUUCAACAAGACAUUUCAUUGCACCCCAUGGAAGAGCCAUGCUUGUUGCACGACGAAUACAACCGCCAACAUUCGAAAAGACGGAUCUCUGUCGCUGUACAACAUGCACUGGGAUCAGUGCGGCCAAAAAAUGUCUCCUCAGUGCCGUAGAUAUUUCGAGGUCGACACUUGUAUGUAUGAAUGCUCGCCAAACAUGAAACCAUGGAUCGUAGUGGACCCCCAUUCUAAGAAGACGCGCAAAGAACGCUUCCAAGACGUCCCCAUAUGCAGCAAGGACUGCGAUGCAUGGUUUAAUGCCUGCAAAGACGACCUAACCUGCUCUAAUAACUGGGGAGACUACAAAACGUGGAACUGGACGAGUGGCAUGUGUAAGCUGGAGUGCAAAACUUUUCAGCAAUAUUUUGGUAAUGCCACGAAAUUCUGCGAGAAACUUUUUAACUACUCGUGGAAGUACAGCAAAGGGGAAUUGGGCAGAGAUUGCAUGACACUUUGGCCGAAUGGUACCACAAAUUUCAACGCAAUGGUCGCUCGUAAACGAGCUAAAGAGAUGCUCUCAACGAGAUCUUCGGGAUCAAAGGUUGCCGUGGGAUUUUUUUCAGUUAUUUUACUGGCUGUGCUUGGUUAUCAUCCUUAAUUGUGUUGAAUGCGUGACGUUAUUCCUGAUUUUCUCUCACUUUUGCCAAUUUCGUAGCGAUAACGUGACUGCUAAAUUGUGUGCCUGCUAAUUUGGGCAUCAUUUUUUCUUUUCUUUUUUUUUAAUUAAUCAAUGUAAGUUUUGUUGACAGCAGUGUUACAUAAGAUGAAUUUGUAACCACUGUUCAGUGUCAUUCGAAUUAAGCAUAAACUCAAAAGGUGUUUAAAGGUAAUUAUUUCUGUGAUUUGGUUCACAGCUGUUGUGUUGUAAUUCAUUUAUUGACGAAAUGCUCUCAGUCGAAUUGUACAUUUAAUUCAAGGUAGUAAGCAUUCAGACUGCUGAUCAGUAAAGUUCUUUAAAUGAUUUUAGUGCAAUUUUGAGUGAACAAGCAUGAGUGAUUCUACAAAUCAUUUAUUCUAAUAUGCAUUGAUAGCGUUCUCUGCCCUUUGAACAACCGGAGCCUGGUGGACAGAGCUGAGUGACGAAAUGCUACGUCAAAGUUAUGCGGUCACCAAUGCAGGCUCAAGCGUGCAAGGUUUUAAAUUUUGUGACUUUCAUGGAAAAUAACAAGGGCUGGCCUAAAAACCAUUUUGUCAGUGUUACCAUGGAAGUGAUAAAUGUGAUAGAAGAAAAUUCAAUUUUGAAGAGCACAAAAUAUGCCACUGAGUUUGGCAUCACUUUUCAAAAGAAAAAUAAGUUUUUGUUGAUUGGGUUAAUCAACCCAUUAAGUCGUUGUGGAGACUAGCUGCUUAUCUCAAUAUGAGUUUCAUCAAAACAAUUGAAACAGAAUGGUUUCAACAAGAAAACAAAUCUACAACAAAAUUUGAAAGUGCUUGCCUGAGUAACUUCACUCAAACAAUUAUUUGCCUCAGGCUUAAUGAAUAUAAUUUGUUGAAUAAUUAACUAUGUCCACUUUGCCUUUGGUGAACAAUUGCUAAAUGUUCAAGAUGUUUUGUUGUUAAUAGCCCAGCCGCACUGUAGUGGGGGAAUGACAGGGAAGUGGGGGUAUGAAAAUCUCAAGCUUCCCAUACCCUGCUCUUCUGCCUCCUGCAAAUUCAACUUUGCUCCUCUAUUCUAUCGCAAAACACUAUGGGUGAGUGAUAAACCAAUGUUUAUAUGUUUGUGGAAUGCUCCUUCUAGUGAUCCCAAUGUCUUACUCAUCUCUUUUACCCAUCAUGCCUCAUGAUCACUAAGGCUUCUGAUCUUGUCCCCCAUCUUAUAUUUUUUCUUGGAUUGUAGAAAAUGCCCUCUGGGAUUUCAGAAAAGUAAGACACCUGGAACAGGCCAAUUAGAAGUGAAGAUGGAAAUAACUCACUCUAUCCCUACUCCCCCUCUUAUGUUGGGUAACUAGUAAUUAGUGAUAACACCAUUCCUUUGACACAGGAAAAUUAAUUAUUUCUGGUAUAUACAUGUAUAUAUAAUAAAAUAUUUAAACUAUUCAUUGCCAUAAA